UCUCCACACGCGAAGAGCCAUCUCCCCCAUUACGACAGCACAGCACAGUCUGCCUCUAAGACAACCGCCGAGUCGCGGAAACAGAGACAGAGAUAGACAGAGAGAGAGGAAGAAAGAGGGAGGGACAGAUAGAGAGGGGAGAAGGACGACCACGGAGCAAAACACAUCACCGUCUCUCUCUGACAUCCCCCCUUGCUUGCGUGUAUCUGUGUGUGAGCCUGAGCUGAGGAGAGGACAGAAAAUGAAGCCGGGGAAAUUCUCCCUCUCUCUUUUAUUUUCCCUCUUUUCUCCAUCCAUCAUCCAAGGAUUGAAUACCGGUGUCAUCUGCCACAGAGGGAUCAAAUAAAGGGAUGCUUUGAAUGUUGUCUCUGUAUAUGACAAGUCACACAGCGAAGCAGAAAGAGGCAAAACAAGCAGGGACAAAACCAGGAUUUUGAUAAUGAACGGGAGUCCUUCCACAGCAUGUGUUAGGAAUAGCAGUCCAUCACUGAAGCCCACGGAGCCUACCCUCACGACGUGACAGUGCACAUGGUCUGGAUGCCACCAGCCGCCCUGCUAUGCUACACAGCUAAAGUUCCACUUCAAUUCGUCACCAGCCACAGCUCCCAUCCCCACCGCUCUCCAAGUUUGUCCAAUUAAGGGAUGUGUGAGGACUAAGAGCCCAGGGUUACAGACCACAUUAGAAAAAAAACUGACGAGAUCCUUGCUAGCUGCAGAUGGGCAGAACACUGUUGAUUCCCUGGCCAGUUGUCUUCCAUCCAGGUCUCAGGGUGGUGUUUCCUGGCUGUACGAGGAGGAGGCAUGGCUUGCUGAGAUGUCUUGGACGAUCACACCACUCUGCUCGACGUGCUGCUGCUGUGCGGGCCUGGCUCCUCCAGCUGCACCACUGCAUCACUGAUGGUGCCAUGAUCCAGCUCUAACUGUGGGUAAUGACGAGACAUAAAACCAAUCCUGGAGAUGCCGAAGAGAAGAGACAUUCUUGCCAUCGUGUUGAUAGUGUUACCGUGGACUCUGCUCAUCACCGUUUGGCACCAAAGUGCAAUCGCUCCGCUGCUCGCCAUCCGCAAGGAUGACGGAGCCGACGGAGGACGGAGGGACGUGGGCCAGGCCAGCGACUCUAAGGAGUACUGCUCCUCUGAUAAGGACAUAGUUGAGGUGGUGAGGACGGAGUACGUGUACACACGGCCGCCACCAUGGUCCGACGUGCUGCCCACCAUCCACAUCAUCACCCCAACCUACAGUCGCCCGGUCCAGAAGGCAGAGCUGACGCGGCUGGCCAACACCUUCCUCCACGUGGCCAACCUGCACUGGAUCCUGGUGGAGGACUCUCAGAGAAGGACCCCGCUGGUCACACGCAUGCUCAGGGAAACGGGCCUCAACUACACCCACCUGAACGUGGAGACUCCCAGGAACUAUAAGCUGCGUGGGGACACGCGGGACCCCAGGAUCCCCCGGGGCACCAUGCAGAGGAACCUGGCGCUGCGCUGGCUCAGAGAGACCUUCAAUUCCAACAGCAGCCAGGCGGGCAUUGUCUACUUCGCUGAUGACGACAACACCUAUAGCCUGGAGCUAUUUGAGGAGAUGAGGUCAACAAGGAAGGUAUCUGUAUGGCCCGUGGCCUUCGUUGGUGGUCUGCGCUACGAGUCGCCCAAGGUCAACGCAGCGGGCAAGGUGUACGGCUGGAAGACUGUAUUCGACCCUCACCGGCCCUUUGCCAUCGACAUGGCAGGCUUCGCCAUCAACCUGCGGCUCAUCCUCUUCAAGCCCCAAGCCUACUUCAAGCUGCGGGGAGUGAAGGGAGGCUACCAGGAGAGCAGCCUGCUCCGAGAGCUGGUCACACUCAAUGACCUGGAGCCCAAAGCUGCUAAUUGCACUAAGAUUCUCGUUUGGCACACUAGGACGGAAAAACCUGUCCUUGUAAAUGAGGGGAAAAAAGGAUUUACAGACCCCAACGUGGAGAUUUGACGUUGUCUCCUCGGGCAAUGGACCUCUGGCGAACAGGAAAAUGGUGGUUGUCUAAUAUGGACCCUGAGAAGAAAAAGAGGCCAUCUCCCAGUGCAAACAGUGUUCAUGUCUUAAUCAUCUCAGAAAAGACUGCCUCGGGAGCAAAAUCCUAAUCCCCUUGACUGAAACUAAACACUUUUAAUAUUGAGAUUAAAACAGUACAAAUGUAUCAUAUUAAAGCACAGAUUAGUUCAAGAUGGCAAUAUUUAUCAGGUUAAUUGUUGCUAGCAGCACCAACAUCAAGCAGACGGUGAGAGCUGAGUCAUUAAGGAUCAACGGGAGAUCGAUGCUCUCGGAACCUGCAUGGUACCAUACUGCGUCUGUAGUGUCCUAACACGAGACAGCAUAACACAAACAUUGCAGGGAGAGAGGGAGUUAGGCAGCCAAUGAGAUGGAACAUUACUGGCCUGAACAGGCUAAUGACAUAUCCAUUGUCUUUCCCUCUAUAGACGUGGAUCUACAGGGCAGGGGAUGAGAUCCUGAGAUCUUAGUAAGGUCUGUAAGAGAUUGAAGGAUCUGAUUGAACACAGAGCCCCUGGACACCUUUAAUAGACAUGUACUGAAAUGUCCUCCACGUCUUCAGACCGAACAAUAAUGGAGAAUCCGAACAAGUCAUCUCUCAGAAGAUCAAUUCUACUUUCAGCAAACACUGAAAGUUCAAAAGGGAAGGAAUGUCCUUUUUGUAUAACUAAAACUGUCUGCUUUUAUUUAAUUUGUUUGUUUUUGGUGUUUAAAUACAUUUUCUUGCUAGUUCAAUACUAUUGACUUGACUCUUGCCUCCAUUUUGAAAGCUAAAGAUGUGGCACCAUCCAUUUUCAGUGUCAUUCUCAGACAUGUAAUUCAGUGUGUACUGAAGCUAUUCACUUGAAAUAACUGACAUCAAGAUGGGCUCCUAAUGCUUGGGAGGCACACAAUAUUACAGGUCAACGUCCCAAAACUUAAUUUAACACUUAAAAGCACCAGUGACUGUGUUCCUAAGUGGCAACACGUGUACAUACUAAUUUAACACAGGAACAAUUAGAGGACUCAUAGUAAGGUCCUCUUAGAUCAAAUGUAACUGUAUUUAUAUAAAUGUAAAAAUCAAAACUAAGAAUUGACUUAGGCAUUGCCAAUAACACCUCACUGUAUGACAACUGGCAUAGCACAUGUUUUUCCAUCACAUGACAUGGACAGUAUAACGGCACAUCACCAAGUUGGGUUAAACCUAACGUAACCAUGUUACAGUAUUCACAUUACCCAAUGAUGAGCACUUUGGCAGAUGGCCAUAUAGUAUGCUGGUUUAUAAAACCACAGUAGCUAACUAAUAGAGUAGGACAAAAUAAAGCAAUUGACAUUAUCCAAGCUAAAGGCACUGACAGUACAAGUCGAGAUAUACAGUAAAAUCUGCAUAAGUAUCCAUGUUCACAGUGCGUAUUGCCUACGUAAGUUAGAUAUUUGUGCUACAUCAAUAAGCCCAGUGCAGUGUAGAAAUGUUGCUGAAUACUUAACCUCAGUUUCAUCAGAGGUAGACAGAAUCAUGCUAAAAUGUUUCCAAGAAACAUCCGUCAUUCAUUAAUGGGUCUAUGAACUGUAGGCGAGUAAGAAGAUAAAUCAAAUAUAAAAAAACAUGAAAACUAGAAGAAGAUCCUCUGCUUUGGACAACUACUAGCAAGAUACCCCAUGCUAGAACCCCAGUCUGCAACACCAUUCUAUCCAUGAAUUCUCGAUCCUAGUUUCUUGCCCUGACAAAACUGUACCAUAUACGGGUUGAAGUUAGGUUUGUGACAAUUCUUGGCAAUAGCAGGCAAAACUUAAUGACAAGCACAAUUUAAUUGGUGUCAUGCUCAGCUACACCUUCAGCUACAGUAUUAAGAUUUCAUGUCCGUUUCAAUUUCUUCAUUGAUCCUUCAGUUAUACCUGAAAUGUAGGGGAAAACACUAAUGGCAAACUAUGAAAAAGGAAUAUCAAUGACCAGGAUAGUUACCUUAACUAUUAACUUAUCCAAAGUAGUAUGAGAUCAGAUACGCUUUUCCCAUCAGGUACUGUUCCCCCAUCGGAUAUGGCUCCCCACAAAAAUAUGCUCCCCCAUCAGGUCAAGUGGACAUACCAACAUGGAAUUUCUGAUAAUUUCUAUUCAAUAGUAUUGUUUCAUUGAGGAAGUCAAACCGAAUGUUUUGAGAUCAAACAAUGUGUGUGGCUGUUAAAGUUCAUGUUGACCUCAUCUUUAGGCUUUGGAUUGCACAGCAGUACCAUUAAGAUCAUUAGGAAAUAAUCAAUGUCUUCUGAUCUGUUUCCAUUCUCCAAAAUGUCAAGUGAAGUCUGUCUAUUUAUGUGAAAAUCUAAAUUAAUAUAUUUAUUUAUGUAUUUAUUUGAAGUAUGAAUGUUCCCUUGUCAAAUUGAAUUAUAAUAGAACAUUUAUUUGUC